AAUAAGACUGUUAAUGACAACGUUACUCAGUCUGAUACAGACACCGAACAAAAGGUACCAGUUACUGUUUCAAAUCAGCAACAAGCUGUUGAAUCUGAAGAAAUUAUUUCCGAAAUAGAGAAAUCUAAAGAACUUUUGACCAGCACCAUUAAAAAGAAAAUGGAAAAUGCUUCAGGUUUUACUCCAAGACGCACACGUCGUACUUCCCAAUCAGCUGAGACACCUCAAACCACAGCAACCACAGAGUUAUCUUUUACUCCCAGACGUAGUACUAGACGGGCUUCGCAAUCAAAUGAAACUCCUGAAACCACAACAACAGAAUUAUCGUUUACCCCCAGACGUAGCGCCAGACGUGCUUCUAUGUCAGCUGAAAGCACUUCAACAGCUACACCAACUAAAAGAACCACCAGACGUGCCUCUUUAUCAGUUGUUAGCGAAACACCAGUAACUCCUAAAGCCAUAAACAAGCGUAGAGCCUCUAUAUCUAAGGAUGAUGAAACAGCUAAACCAAGUACAUCUAAAACACCACGUAAGCAAUUGGAACAACGUAUGGUUAUACCAGAAGAAAUUGAAGAAGUUGCAGAUGCGGUUAUAAUCGAAGAGGAAGAAGAAAAGGCCGAGGAAGUAGUACACUCUAAGGAGAAGAAAAGUGAAAAGAAACGUCGAACCUCAAUUUCUGGUGAUAAUGUAACUCCUAAACCUAAUACAACCAAGACACCUAGAGCUAAAACUCCACUUAAACAAUUGGAACAAAGUGUAGUUCUGGCAGAGGAAAUGGAAGUCAUAAGUAUUAUAAUAGAGGAGGAGGAAGAACCAACUGUGAAAAUAUUAGAAAAUGAGAAAAAGAAAAAUGAAAAUGAGAGUUUGAUAAAAGACUCAAAGGAUACAAUAGAGUCCAAAACAGAAAAUAAAGAGACCACAGAAGAAACUUCUACAACAGAUGUUAUAAAUUUGGACCAAAAACAGCCUGUUGCAGUAGAGGUUUUGGAAACACAAGAUACUACUGAGGAAAAACCAGAGACUACUGAAAACAAUGCCACUGCAAAAUCUAAUGAUAUUUUGUCUCCAGAUGAAAAAGAUGAUGCCGAUGUAGUAGAGACUUUAGAAAAGGAAGUUACUUUAGUUUCAGAACAAAAACCUGCAAAAUCUGAUGAUAUUUUGCCUUCAGAUGAAAAAGAAGUUGCUGCUGUAGAGACUUUAGUUUCUGAACAAAAACCGGAUGAUACAGACGUUUCUGAUAAAGAUGUUGCAACUACAAAAGAUGUCAUUGUUUUGGAAGAACAAGAAAAUGAUGUUCAAAUAUUUGAGAAAGAAUUCGCUACGGAAGAGAUUUCCGAAGAAGCAGUUUUGGAUACAACCGAUAAUAUUAGUUUGGAGGGAAAUGAAGAAGAAAAAAAUAUUGCGACAGAUGUUGCAAUUGACACUCACGAAAAAUCAGAUGACAAUAUGGAGGAAUUAAUAGAUAGUUCUACCCGAGAAGAUGAAGUGGAUAAAGUAGCAGUAAAAGAAGAUAUCUCUACAAUGGCUGAAAAUUCUGAGGAGCAAGAUGAAAACGCUAAAUCUAACGAGACUAAUGAAGAUGAGGAUUCAUCAGAAACAUUCAAAGCAACUGAUCUAAAUAGUUCCCAAAGGUCAGCAGAUGACAACAUAGAAGAGGAAAUGGAAAAUCUUCAAUUUGAAGAUGAUGCAGAGAAAACACCACCAAAAGUAACAGCAGAGAUUUCAACUGAUAUAGAAGAAAAACAAUUAUCCACUCCUGUACAAAAGAAAUCUGUUAAAAUUGUAGCUGCUUCACCUAAAACUCCCUUAAUGGCGGGUAUGCGUGAGUUAUUGAAAACACCAAAAGCAGAAAUUCAAACUCCGCGGCUAGGAGGUAUACGUGAUUUAGUACGAACUCCUAAGGAGAAAUCAGAAUGUGAAGAAGAUGAAAUUGAAAAACUGGCGGUAGUAGCAGAUUUGGUAAUGACACCCAAAAUAGCUAAAGAAACCAUGGAAAUUUCAACACCCAAAGCUAAGAAACAAGUAACAAUAGUAGCCGAUUCACCCAAGACUCCUUCAAUGAGAGGUAUGCGUGAAUUGUUAAAAACACCAAAAGGUGAAAUGAAUACUCCCCGAUUUGUGGGUAUACGCAAUUUGGUAAGAACACCUAAAGCAAAAAUAGAAAAUGAACAAGAGGAAAGCGAAAAAUUGGCCGUGGUAGCUGAUUUAGUAAAAACACCACAAGCGAUCAAAAUCGCCGAAGAAAUGCCCUCAACUUCAGUUAAACAUGAAAACUUAAAAGGUGUUAAAGAGUUACUUAAAACACCCAAAAGUUGUAGCACACCACGCUUCAAGGGAAUGCGUGAAUUAAUGCAAACACCCAAAGCUAGUUCAACACCUGUAAUGGUUGGUGUAAAGCAACUUCUAGAAUCUCCAGUUCCUCGAGAUAAUCUAACUGAGCUAAUAGUAGAAAAUGCUGAAAUAGUUGAGAAACCCGCAACAGAAGAAAUACCAGCAACAUCAUCUAAAAACGUUGUCAACUUGAAAGCUGUUAAAGAUCUCUCAAAAACACCAAAAGGUUGUAAUACUCCUCGUCUUAAAGGCAUACGUGAACUAAUGCAAACACCCAAAAAGUGUUCAACUCCCAUUAUGGGUGGCAUAAAAGAACUUAUGGACUCCCCAGCUCAGCAGAAAGAUCAGGAAUUAGAGAAAUUCCUUCGAACUCCAACUGCUAAAAACAUAAUGAUACCCUCAAUGCCUUCAAGUGCCGUUAUAGAGAAAAGUUGUGAUUCUAUAGAGAUUUCGACCGAAUAUGAUCUGAAUGCCAGCCAUGAUGGUGGUGAAACGGCCAAUUUGGAAGAAUUAUUUAAAACACCAGUGGCUUCACGUUUUGUAGAGCGUAUUACCGCCUCUUACUAUGUCGAAGACGCUGAUGAACAUGAUGAGACAGUAGAAAAGUUCAAUAAAAAUGAAUCCUUGCAAGACACUCUCAAUAAAUCCGCUGAAGAAGCCUUUGAUAAACUAGUAGGACAAGAAUCACAAAUUCAAACUCCUAUAAAUAAAACCUAUAAACGCACAUCAUUUGCUUUGCACACACCUCAAGCCCAAUCUCCAUUUACAGCGGCAGAUGUCUUAUCUGAUUUGCCCAAAAGCGAUGUGCAAGAAUGGCUAGAAACUUUGGAUGAGGCUGAACCACCCACAAUAUUAGAAUGUGAGGAUGUAAUUGAACAAGAUAUUGUUAACGAAAGUGUAAAGGAGAAUGAAGAAGUUUCAGUGUUAGAAUAUAGUUUGAGUGAACAAAAUCUAAGUGUCGAUGAUUCAAUUAUACCCGAAACAUGUACAAAGAUUUAUUUAAGUGAAAAUUCCUUAACAAAUGUUGCCACUGCCUCUUUAUCGAAUACUUCAACUAAGGAUCCUCUAUUAAGUGCUACCUCUAAACCAAAAGAAACCGUAACUCGACCACUUACCCCCAUAGAAGCAGAAAUAAGCGGUAUUAAUUUGUUGGAUCAAACGGUAGAAUCAGUACAAGAUGAACCUUCAAUGCUGGACGAACCCCUAUUAGUUGAGGAGCCAUCAAUGUUUGAAGAACCUUUAAUGGUAAGCGAUAAUGAAUCUGAAGCCGAUGAUACUCUUAACAAUGGCGAUGAAGCUAAUGAUUUGUCCGAACCAUUACUGCUCAGUGAUAGUGAAGACUUAAAUCAGUCUCGAGAAAUCGAAACAAUUGCAAUUGAAGUUAAAUCUGAUGAAAAUGAGGUAUUACACAUAUCUAACAUUGAGGUGAAUAUUGCAGAAAAAUCCAUGCUAGCAAAAGUUUUAGAUCAGUCAUUGGCCGAAGAUCCAUUAAAAACUAAUGGCAAAGAACAAGACGUUACCACAAUAGAUAUUGAAGCCAGUAAAAUAGAAGAAACUUCUAAAGAUGAUGAGCUAUCGGCAGAUACUAAUGAAAUGGAAUCUUUAGCAGAAUAUCCAAGUUUGCUAAUUGAAGAUUCUCCAAUAAAAGAAUCUUUAUCUUCUGAUAGUAAAAAUUCUAAUACUAAACCAGGAACUUCUAAAGAUAAGAACGAUGAAACGGAUACUCUUGAACAUUCCGAAAAAGAAUUGGAUGCUGAAAUUGAUGCAGCUGAAACGAAUGUAGUAGAAGAGAAACAAAUAUCCGAAAUUAAUACUGAAAAUUCAGAAGCUAAAGAAAUUUCGAUCAAGGAAACAAAAGUUACAUCCAAUAAUUCUGAAGACAUUUUCUUAGACACCUCAGUUACUGAAAUCUUUGAAGAAACAAAUGAGGAUCAGCUGGAAUCUAAGGAAAUGGUUGAAACAAAAAAGCAGAGUCCAAAGGAAAGCAAAAAAGAUAUAGAUCACGAGUGCCAAGACAUAUUCAUGGAUAAUUCAAAUAUUGAUGAGUCUUUUGCUGACGAGGCAACCAAUGAAGAAAACGAUGUCGAAAACGAAUCAGCCAUGGUUGAGGUGACUACUAAAGAAGUAACUAAAGAUCAUACUGAUGAAGUUUCAUCUACGGUGGAGGCAACUAAUGAGAGUAUUACUAAAUGUGAAACAGAAAUACGUACCAGUGAUAUUGAAGCAACUAAAGAUGAGAAAACUGUUAAAGAAAAAGACACAGAGAACCAUUCUGAAAUUGUUCGGAAACCUAAGGAAGAGCAAACCGAAAAUGGGAAAGUUAUGGAAGAAAGUACAGAUGAUCUACAACAUGUCGAGGAAAUUGAAUCUCUUGAACUCAUCACGUCUUUUACAGCUGAUAUGGCUGAUGAACAUUCAUCUUCAGUUUUCGAGAGUUCUCAAAUUGAGAAUUCUGCUGAGGAACAAACGGAAUUGACAGAAUUACCAACUCAAAUCGAAGCUAAACUAAGCGAAACUUCUGUUAUAAACUCUGAAUCUUCUGAUGAAAAACAAGACAAAGAAACAUCAAACAUUGCUAAUGAACAGUCCUCUUUACUUUCGGAGGAAUUAGAGAGUUCUCAAAUUGAGAAACAAUCUGAAAUGAUAGAUGUACCAACUCAAAUCGAAAAUAAACAGAGUGAUACUUCUGUAACACCACUUGAAUCUUCUGAUGAAAAACAAGCCGAAGUAACGGCAGAAUUUGAGAGUUCCCAAAUUGAGGAUAUCUUUGAAGAUCAAACGGAAUUGACAGAUAUCGAAAUUAAACCAAGCGAAACUUCUGUAAAACAACCUAAAUCUUCGGAUGAAAUAGAAGUUGAAACUAAACCAAAUGAAACUUUAGUAAUUGAACUGGAUUCCUCAGAUGAAAAAACAAUUAAAACUUUGGAAAUCAAUCAAGAAUCUUCUAAUGACAAACAAACUUCGGAUGAAAUAGCUGACCAAAUAACCGAUAAUAAAGUUUAUGAAAACAUUGAAGAACAGACAAUACAAGAUGCUGAAAUAUUCACUGAAAGCUCAACCGAACAAGUAGAGGAAUUGAAACCGUCAAGUGCCGCUACAUCUUCUGAAGUAAUUGAAAAAGAAACUAAAGAAGAUGACAAUCCAAAUUUUACAUCAACAGUUGAAAGUUCAACCGAAGAUAAUCUAACAUCCGAAGUUCCUCAGGAAUGUAAAACGUCUAGUGCCGCAACACAUUCUGAAGUAACUGAAAGUUCAACCGAAGAUAAGCUAACAUCCGAAGUUCCUCAGUCUGCAGAUGAAAUGACCAACGAAGCUGAAUCAAUUCCAGAAUGUGAAUCCCAAGAUAUCGAAACUUCAGAAGUUGAAAAAGAUGAAACAAUUGAAGAAACCACAUCUCAAACUCUUGAAGAAUCAUCUGCAGUUGAAAUGGUCAACGAAGCUGAAUCAAUUCCAGAAUGUGAAUUCCAUGAGAUCGAAACUUCUGAAGUUGAAAAAGAAGAAACAAUUGAAGAAACCACAUCUCAAACUCUUGAAGAAUCAUCUGCAGUUGAAAUGGUCAACGAAGCUGAAUCAAUUGCAGAAUGUGAAUCUCAUGAGAUCGAAACUUCAGUAGUUGAAAAAGAAGAAACAAUUGAAGAAACCACAUCUCAAACUCUUGAAGAAUCAUCUGCAGUUGAAAUGGUCAACGAAGCUGAAUCAAUUCCAGAAUGUGAAUCUAAAGAGAUCGAAACUUCAGAUGUUGAAAAAGAAGAAACAAUUGAAGAAACCACAUCUCAAACUCUUGAAGAAUCUUCUGCAGUUGAAAUGGUCAACGAAGCUGAAUCAGUUCCAGAAUGUAAAUCUCAAGAGAUCGAAACUUCAGUAGUUGAAAAGGAAGAAACAACAUCUCAAACUCUUGAAGAAUCAGCUGGAGUUGAAAUGGUCAACGAAGUUGAAUCAGUUCCAGAAUGUGAAUCCCAAGACAUCAAAACUUCAGAAGUUGAAAACGAAGAAACAAUUGAAGAUACCACAUCUCAAACUCUUGAAGAAUCAUCAGCAGUUGAAAUGGUCAACGAAGCUGAAUCAAUUCCAGAAUGUGAAUCCCAAGACAUCGAAACUUCAGAUGUUGAAAAAGAAGAAACAAUUGAAGAAACCACAUCUCAAACUCUUGAAGAAUCUUCUGCAGUUGAAAUGGUCAACGAAGCUGAAUCAGUUCCAGAAUGUGAAUCUCAAGAGAUCGAAACUUCAGUAGUUGAAAAAGAAGAAACAAUUGAAGAAACAACAUCUCAAACUCUUGAAGAAUCAGCUGGAGUUGAAAUGGUCAACGAAGCUGAAUCAAUUCCAGAAUGUGAAUCUAAAGAGAUCGAAGCUUCAGAAGUUGUAAAAGCAGAAUCAAUUGAAGAAACCACAUCUCAAACUCUUGAAGAAUCAUCUGCAGUUGAAAUGGUCAACGAAGCUGAAUCAGUUCCAGAAUGUGAAUCUCAAGAGAUCGAAACUUCAGAAGUUGAAAAGGAAGAAACAAUUGAAGAAACCACAUCUCAAACUCUUGAAGAAUCAUCUGCAGUUGAAAUGGUCAACGAAGCUGAAUCAAUUCCAGAAUGUGAAUCUCAAGAGAUCGAAGCUUCAGAAGUUGAAAAAGCAGAAACAAUUGAAGAAACCACAUCUCAAACUCUUGAAGAAUCAUCUAAUGAAUUAAAAGAUUCUGUGUCAUCUGAAGUCAUUACGGAUAUUUCUGAAGCAAAUGCAACUGAACAUGUUAAAAUUGAUUUAACUAUAGAAAAAGAUCAAAUAGGAAGUGAGAAAUCAUCACAAACUGCAUUAAUUGAAUCUUCUGUGUCCAAACAAGAAACUUCCCAAUCCAUAGAAGAAAUUUUCCAAACAAUAACAGAAUGUGAGGAAAAUAAAUCUAAAGAAUCGUCCAAAACUAUAUCUGAACGUGCCACAAUUUCUGAGGAUAAAGAAUCUUUAACCGUUCCAGAAAGUGAAAUUAUCGAAGAAGAGAAAUCGAAUAUCGAUAAUAUUACUCUCGUAUCUAAACCGGCUGAAAUUUCCGAGGUUCUACCCGUCGAAGAAACUAAAACUGAUGAAUGUGAAACUAUCGCUGGCAAAGAAGUAUCUUCUACUAAGGCGGAUGUCAAACAGACGAAAGAAGUAUCCACAAAAGUAAUGGAGAAGUCUGACAUUUGUGAAGAAAAAUCUGAUUCCAUCUCAACUCCCCAAGAGAUUUCCAUAACUGAGAAACCAAAAAACACUUCUGAAAUAACAGAAUCAUCGGAAGUAUCUACGAAACCAUCAGACAUUAUAAAAUCUUAUGAUUUUGAAAUAAAAAUAAAUGAUACAGAUCAUCACAAUCAAAAAGAAACUGCCAUGGAAACUACCGAAAAGCCAACAACUAGUCUGGGCAAACUUAAAUGCUCGCACACUGAAGAAACUUCUAAUGUAGCCACGGAACUGCCCUCUACCAGACGUGCCAGAAGAAAUACUAAAACGGAAGAACACACUACCGAAAUUACUGCACAAACUGAAAAAGAGUUCUUGAGAAUCUCAAAUAUACAGGAAACUGAAAAUGUACCAGAGUAUGACGUUGAAAAUCAAGAUCUCGAAAAACCUGAAGCAACUGCAGUAGAAUCUAAUGAAACUGUUAAAGCUGCGGCCAAGGAAGUUUUUGAAGUCUCUGUGGAUUCAGAAGUAAAAGAACACCAAAUAAGUUCAAUUAAAACAAAUCGUAAAAAACGUACUAUGUCGGAAAGCAGUCAAGAUUCAACACAAGGAGAGGAAAGUCACUCCAGAUCUCGUAGAAAUAAACGUAACGUAAUUAAAAAAGCAACUGAAGAAAAACUAGCAGAAGUUAAAGAAGAAAUUGUUGAACAACAGCAAAUUUCGAAACAUGACGUACUAAAUGAAGACGUAAAACUGAAACGAAAACGUACUACAUCUGAGACAAGUCAGGGUUCGGUUAAGGACGAUAACCAUCAUUCUAGUACUCGCAGAGGUCGUCGAAAAGUACAAAAGACACCCGUCGAAGAAACUGUUAUAGAACAAAAGGAAAGUUUUACACCAUCAGAAGAACAAAUGGAAGAAACCGGAGUUCCAGCUGAAAUUCACAAUGAUGUAGAAAAAGAACGAGCCGAAGAAUUAAUUGUGGAAGGAGAUGAAGAAAUAGUGAUUCUAUCUACUCAAAAUAUGGAAGCGGUUACUGAAGUAAAUGUAACAGAAGAAAAAUUAAACUUUGAGGUUCCAAAAGAAACUAAUGCUGAAACUCAUAUAAAAGAAACUGAUGAACUUUCAGAAAAGAAGGAACAUGAUAAAACAAAAGAAGAAUCAACAGACGCAGUUGAAGAUGAUAAGUCAAAUGUUCGUGAAGAAAGUGCAGCUAAAACAACAGAAGCAGAUAUUGUUGCAGAACAAAAAGCUGAAGAUGUUCAGAGCGAAAAACAUGAACAAGUUACACUAAUCGAAAAAGCAACUAGUUCUGCCUUAGCAGUGCAACAAAAUUCUGAUAUUCCUAACAAAAAUGUAACAGUAACUCGUAUAGAAGAAAUACAAGCCACUUCUCCAACUAAACAUGAAAGUGAAGAACCAACUUCCAACAUUCCAAAAGAAACUGUCAAUGAAAAUAAGCAUCAUGGUCAAAAACGCAGUCGUCGUAAACCUACAGUUUCUGAAUCUAGUCAAGGUUCAGUACAUGCUGAUGACAGCAGUAUGCUUACAACAAAAUUACAGGAAGCACAAUCUGGUGAAAUAUCAGUAGAAGAAGUAAUCACAAGCGAAGCUCCUGAUUUGCAUAAAGAUGAUAUUGAAGUUAAAUCUAAGUUGUCAGAUAUUAUUGAAUUGCCAGAAUCCGAAGAGGUUGAAACUGAGCUUGUACAAGAAAGUGUUGAAGAAAUUGUGGCCAUUACUGUUGAAGAACCUAAAGAGCAACCAGCCAAACGAGGACGGCGAAAACCCACCGUAUCAGAAUCGAGUCAAGGUUCGGUACAUGAAGACGAAAACACGCGCUCUAGAAAAACACGCCGCAAAGUACAAAAGGCUCCUGUUGAAGAAGUUGUAGUAGAAGAAAGUAUAGAUAAAGAAGAAAUAACCACAACUGCCACGUCUUCAAAGACUGAACAAAUUUUAACUACUGAAAAUAAAAAAGAUAUGGAAACAAAGGAAUCGGAAACUGAUGCAAUACAAAAGGAAAAGCCUGGUUCCAAAUUACCAGAAGAGCCAGCUGUAGAAGUUCAAAGUGUGACAUUAGAAGAUGUCAAAGAACAAACAACUAAGCGGGGUCGUCGCAAGCCAACCGUAUCUGAAUCAAGUCAAGGUUCAGUAAAUGAAGAUGAUUCUACACGUACACGAAGAGGCCGCCGUAAAGUACAAAAGACUUCUGUUGAAGAGAUUGUGUUAGAAGAAAGCGAGGAACAAUUAACUAAUCAACUGGAAAUGCCUGUUGUAAUUGAUGGAGCAAAGGAAGAAGUUCCAGCAAAAUCCACAGACUUAAACCAGGAAACCGAAGUAAAAUUGAACAAAAACAGCGAAAAUAUGAUCAAAUCGGCUGUAAUUGAUCUUCAUGAAGAUGAUUCCUCAAAAUCUAAACAAGAAUCUGCACAAGUUGAAAAUCAAGAUCAAACCUCAGAAUCUAAAGAUACAAAAGAACAACCACAACAGUUGCCCGAAAUGGUGGUAGUCGAAAAAGAAAAAGCACAAGAACCUUCAAAAGAAACUCAUGAUGAACAUGAAGACACCAAGCAACAUGGAAGAGGAAAACGUGAUUUAACAGAAAAUCUCCCAGAAGAACCAACUACCAGCCGCAAAGGUCGUCGUAAGGUACAAGUCUCAGCUGCAGAAGUAACACCUAUGGAAUCAAUUACGGAACAUAAAAAUGUACCAGUUGAAGCUGUAGUGAUUGAAAAGAAAUCAGCAGACGUUGAAGAUAUAAAAUUAAUUGUUGCCGAGAACGACCAGGCAGUUGCAAAUAAGGGUGAAGAAAAGAGUGAAGAUAAACAAAAUGCAACAGAUAAUUUGCCAUCAUUGUUAUCUCAGCAAAUCGGUGAAGAAAAACAAGAGACCAUUGAUAAUUUGCCAGAUGUGAUAUCUAUACAAGAAGAAAAUGCUGAAGAAAUUAACAAAGAGAGUCAACAACAAGCAGAACUUCAACAGAAUGAUACAUCCUCGAAGCAAACUGCCAAACGUGGAGGACGACGUAAAGCAGACGUAGAAGAAGUUCCUGUUGAAACUUCUGCAAAUGUGAAAGAUACCACUCCAGCCGUCGAUGAAAUAACCACAUCACGUACAAAACGCGGAGGUAGACAUAAAGCUGCAGCAUCAGAAACAAAUACUGCUGAAGUUCCCAAAGGUCGCAGAAAUCGCAAAACUCCUGCAGAACAUCCUACAACAUCUGAAACAGAAUUAACUGAAGUUAAUGAAAAACAAAUAGAAAAAGUUGAAGAAAUAUCGACAGCUGAUGAAAUUCCAGCUCCUGCUGAAGUUUCUAAAGGUCGCACAGCUAGUCGAAACCGAAAAACACCUGAAGAACAUCCAACGACUUCUACUCAGCAAGAAGAACAAAUCGCAUCUACAAAAGUAGUUGAGGAUAUUCCAAUAGAUGCCGAAGUUUCUAAAGGUCGCACAGCUAGUCGAAACCGAAAAACACCUGAAGAACAUCCAACGACUUCUACUCAUCAAGAAGAACGUGUUGAAUCUGUAAAAGUUGUUGAGGAAAUUUCAACAGUUGUUGAAGUUCCUAAAGGCCGCACAGCAAGUCGAAACCGUAAAACGCCUAUAGAACAUCAAACAACUGAAACAACUCACCAAGAAGAUCAAAGUGAUUCCAUAAAAGCUGUUGAGGAAAUUGCAACAGUUCCUGAAGUACCUAAAGGUCGCAAAGCUAAUCGAAACCGUAAAAUUGUGGAAAUUCCAAGUGAAAUCGAUAAAACGGAAACUGCUGAUGUUGUCAUCAUAGACGAUAGUACAGAUGAAGAUCAUCCAGCUGAGAAUGAGCACAAAAAGGAGGUAGAAGAUAAAUCUUCUAAAAAACGUGUGAAGCGUACACGUACUGCCUCUGAAACGAAUCAAGGAUCUGUUGUCGAUGAAAAACCUACCAAGAGACGGGUAAGACCUCAAGUGGCUGAAACAGGCGAAGACCACGUUGCAGAUGUUAAAACAAAAGAUGUUGAAACCACUGAACUGGAAAAGGAAGAACAUAUUGAGGAAGUUCAAACUAAUAAAGAGGUUGACCAUAAACCUCAAAAGUCUACACGACGAAGAGGAGCAGCAGCUGCACAUGAAGAUCAUGAUGAAGAACACCACGAGCAAACAUCCACAAAAUCCAGAAAAAGACGGGCCAGACAUGAGGAAAUUGAAGAACAUCCACUUGCUAAGAAUGUGGAAGAACCAAAGAAACCAUCUGAAGAAGCACAAUUGUCUGAAGUACAGAUAACGGAAGUCAAUCUUGAGCCUGAGGAGUUGUUGGAUCAACACAUUACACCUGAUGAAGAAAAUCAAAAAGAUGUUAAAGUUAGAAAAGGUCGCAGAAAAGCUGCUGGCGAGGAACAUCAUCAAGAGGAACAUGAAACAUUGGCGGUUACAAAGAGAAGAGCAGUGGCCAAGCAUAUUGAAGACGAUCAUGAAGAGAGUGGUACUUCCAGUAAGAGACGUGUGGGAAGAAGACAUCAGGCUGCAGAAGAACAUGACACCGAAGGUGAAGUACCAGCUGCUCACACUGAAAGUAGCGAAACAGUUAGUAAACGUCGUAAUAUCGGCAAAAGGCAACAUGAAAAGGAGGAAGAUCAUCAUGAUGUAACAGCUCCCGAUGAACACCAAGAGGAACAUGAAACAUUGGCAGCUACAAAGAGAAGAGCAGUGGCCAAGAAUAUUGAAGACGAUCAUGAAGAGAGUGGUACGACCAGUAAGAGACGUGUGGGAAGAAGACAUCAGACUGCAGAUGAACAUGAAACCGAAGGUGAAGUACCAGCUGCUCAGACUGAAAGUAGCGAAACAGUUAGUAAACGUCGUAAUAUCGGUAAAAGGCAACAUGAACAUGAAAAGGAGGAAGAUCAUCAUGAUGUAACAGCUCCCGAAGAACACCAUCAAGAGGAACAUGAAACAUUGGCAGCUACAAAGAGAAGAGCAAUGGCCAAGAAUAUUGAAGACGAACAUGAAGAGAGUGGUACUUCUAGUAAGAGACGUGUGGGAAGAAGACAUCAGACUGCAGAUGAACAUGAAACCGAAGGUGAAGUACCAGCUGCUCACACUGAAAGUAGCGAAACAGUUAGUAAACGUCGCAACAUCGGCAAAAGGCAACAUGAUCAUGGAAAGGAGGACGAUCAUCAUGAUGUAACUGCUUCCGAAGUACCAACACAUAUUGAAAAUACAGAGACGACAAGUACUCGACGCAAUGUGGAUAGAAAGAAUGAACAUGAAUCUGAACAUCAUGAUAUUGAAACUCAACAAGAGGAAGCUAAAAAAGGCAAAGGUCGAAGAAAGAAAUAUUACCACUCUGAAGAAUCUGAUCAACCUACAACAUCACACUCGCCUGACACAAAACACAGAGGUCGUAAGCGUAAAGAAUCGCUGACAGAUACUCAAGAACAUGACUCGAACGAAAAAGAACACAAUGAUGCAACAUUAACGAAGGAACCUGAAGAAAAACUAGGCAAUCCAAGUGCUGAACUUCAAACACCACAACGUGCAGUUCCUGUUGCUAGAAAAGGUCGCAAGGCCUCUACUAUUGAGCAUAUAACAGCGGAAUCGCAAGAGCUGGAUGAUACACCCGGGAGAAGAGCACGCAAUGUUCCACAGCGCAGAGCUGCUACGGCAUAUCACAAUUAUGAUGAAACUUCCGAUAGCGAUAUAGUAACUAAAGCAAAAAAGAAAACAGACUCGCCACGCAAAUCCUUAGAAGCUUCGAAAUCAUCACCCACAGCUACAAUUACAUCAGCAGCCGUAAUUAAUCCCUCACCAUCGCCUUCAUCUACAGCAUCAGCUACAACAGCCAGAGGUCGCACACGAAAACCGACCGCUAAAGUUCAACAAUUCCUAGAGGAAGAAAGGGCCAAAGCGGAAACACCCAAGAAGAGAGGUUUGUUAGCAGCAGCCGCUGUUACUGAUGCAUCUACACCACAACGUACGCCUGCUAGACGUGGACGUAAAGCAUCCACUAUUGACACUGAAGUCGAAGGAACUCCUCAAGUUAGCAAGGGUCGUGGAAGAGGAAAACAGGCAAUUGCUCACACUAAAGAAGAGCAUAGUGUCGUCGUACCAGACACAACUUCGGUUGUAGAAGUAAAAGAAAUUGAGUUACACACCACACCACCUCCAGCACAACCCGCUAAAGGACGUAGAGGUGGACGUAAAGCCAAAAUAACCGAAGAAGAGCACCAGAAAAGCGAUGAACCACCAGCUAAGAAAUCUCCUUUGGAACUGGAAAGUGAAAAACAGGACUCUACCCCUCCAUCAGACGCCCCAACACCACCCACACGUGUAGCUGGUAGGCGCAAUGCGGCCGCUGCGGCUAAAGCCAGAAUUGAAGAAGAUGCUUUAGCGGCAGCCGCCGUCGAUCCACCUAAAAGGGCUAGAGCGAAGAAAACCCCUGCAAAAGUAGCAACUUCUGUAGUGGCAAGCACUGAUACAGAUGCCCACAGUUCUGAAGUGGAGGAAGAAAAAGGAGCUAAAAACAAAAAUUCUCCCCAAAAACGAGAUCACAGAUUAGCGUCUGCCUCCACAAUAGAAGGGGCUGAAGACUUAGAAGAUGAUAUUGAAUCUGAAACUAUGGAUAAACCAGCCAACAAAAAAGUACGCAAAGCGGCAGCAGCCACUACAACAGAUUCAAUGGCUGCAGUGCCAGCAAAAAGAAGCCGUAAAGCUAAAGCCGUAGAAGAAGAAGCUGACACCGACACACCUGGCGAGUCAAAGACCACCCGGGGUAGAGGGAGAGGCCGCAAAAAUGUACAGUUUAAUGAACAUCAGGAAGCCGUAGCAACUACUUCCACGCAACAAAAUACAGCCAAUAUUGAGCCUACGGCAGUCGAAACACCAGAGCCGGUUAAAAGAGGAACGCGCACUCGACGCAAAUAAUUUUAAUAUUUUCUCUGUAUUCAAGCGAUAGUUCUUAUAAGACAUUUUAUUUUUUAGUUGUUAGAUCAGAAAUAUAUAAUCUUGUGUUUUUUUUAUUAACUUAAAUAUUAUUUUGAAGUGUAUCUGUGGAGUAUUUUUUAUGUUGAUUUUUAUUUUGUGUAUAACUUAUGGAAAACUUCACUGAGAAGCAAAAUUUGAAACCCUGAAAAAUUUAUCUUCUAUGCGUUACUUUGUUGUUUAAUUGUUUUAAUAUUAUUUACAUACAUACCUUAACAAUUUCUUUUCUUUUAUUAUUAUUAUUAUAGAAAAAAAAUAUCUUUUUCAAAAAUGUUUAAAUAUCUUUUUUAAUAAAAACAUGUUUCUUUGUAAUAAUAGUAUAUAAUAUAAUUUAGCUUAUAACUUUUAUUAAAACAUCUUACAAACAGAAAAUAUAUAUAGAAAUAUAAAUAAUAAAUGUAAAAAAAAAAUUGAAAAAAAAUAAAAUUAAAAUAAAA